AUGGAAAUUAUAGAGUAAAUAGGUUUUAUUCACUUUUGGGGGUUAUCUCCAGCAAUAGAUUUUUUGGAUGAUACUCCUCAGAAAGAUGCAAUCAAUGUGCUUCUAAUGUGCACUUCAGAUUUAAGACAUGUCUUAAAGACAAUAGCAGAUAAUUGCAUAUCAAACAAGGAUUCUUAAAAAAUCAAAAAGCUCAACAUUUAUGUUUAUGAAAAAUAGAAAGAAUCAUUUUGCAGAUGGCUUCUUUUAUUAUAAAUAUUGCAAACAACAUCUUUGAGUUUUAGAGAGAGAGUUGAAUUAUUUUUAGAUGUCUUUGGUAAUGCUAUGAUAAGAGAAAAAUCAUAGCGUUACAUAGACUCUAUCCUCCCAACUAUCUAAAACUUAAUAGCUGAAGAAACAAAAAAAACUAGAACCCCUCUUGAGCAAAUUUUUGAUUUUAAAGAAGUUAAAUUUAAAGAGCGUGAUGAGCUUUCUGAUAUUGUUAAUUCUUGGCACAGUAAAAUCCCAUUCACUAUGGAAAAGCAUAGAGAUUAAAGAUUAAGAUAUCACUAUAAGGAGAGAUACGAUUUUAGAAAAAAUUUAAUUGAUUGGGAUUACUAAAUGGGAUUAAAAGAUUUUGCAAGUAUUAUUCAUUUUUAUCAUUACAGAGAAUGGAGAUAAACUGGUAUAGCUUUUGAAUAGAGAUUCUCUUCUUAUAUAGUUCCUAAUAGAACUAUGAGCAGCUACAUUCCUGGUAAAAAAAAGCUAACUUAUGAAAAUGUUGUAGUUAGAGGUUAUUGGGGUGAUAUUAUUAUUUCUCCAUAUAUUAGUAUGGGUGUUGAAUGUGAUGUAGAACCUGAGAAGGAAAAACUAUUUAAAAUUUCUAAUAUGCAACAUGUUGGUCACUCUGUCGAAGUUACUGAAUUCAAUCUAUAGUAUUGGCUUUAAAUGAUAGAAAAAUAAGAGGAAUAUCAUUUAACAUUCACCGAUCCAUAUAGAAGUGAUAAAAAUGCAGAAGAGAAGAAAAAAGAAGCUAAAAGAAUGGAUGCAAAAAAAGAAAACGAAGAAAUAAAGGAAGAGGAAAAUGAAGAAGACGAUGAAGAAGAAGAAAAAAAAGAAGACAAAAAGGAGAAAGAAGAAGACAAAAAAGAAGAGUAAGAUAAAUAAGAAGAAAAGAAAGAUAAAAAAGAAGGAGAAGAAGAAGAAAUUCCAGUUGAAAAGCCUAAAGAUUCAGUAAAGCAAGAAGAAAAUAAAAAGGAAGAUUUGUCUGGUUUGUCACCUGAAGAAAUAGAGUAAAGAUAAAAAGAAUAUCGCGAAAAGAAAGAAAAAGAAGACUACCUAAAGGGUAGUGAGAUGUAUGACUUAUUGGAAGGCUUUAAGCAAAUGAACAUUAAAAUUAUUCCUGUAUUCGAAGAAUUACCAAAACUUGCAAUCAAGAAGAAGUUUUAGGACUUUUUCGAUAUCGGAGUUGUAGGAUUUAUCUAAUCAGGUGUACUAAAAGAUAAUGAAUUCUUAAAAUUAUUUAGUAAAGAAGCCUUUUUAUACUUUGAAAACACUAAUUAUAUAGUGCCUCUCAAAAAAGAUGAAAGAAAAUAAUAUAAUGAAAAAAUAAUACAGCUUGCCAAUGACAUAAAGCUAAAGCACUGCUCUGAAUAUAACAGCCAACAUCACUACAAAUUUACUGUUUAGAAGUGA